ACGUUAUUGUACAAUGAUGCAAGGAGAGAAGGAUGUCCAAACGGCAAGUCCCGGAGGACAAGACAAACGACAAACAGAUCGCUGUGUCGUAUAUUCGCAAUUGGACAAUCUGAGCUGAGUCGAAAGAAACAGUAACUUAGAAUCGAUUUCAGAGCCAAACACACACACACACACACACACUCACCUCAGAAUCCAGAUGCUCACGCUUCUAGUCCUAGUACUGCUCGCAACUUUCCCAUUCUGCCCCUGCCGGUGAACACCGUCGUUCCUCUGAUCUCUCCACCGCCGCAGCCGAGCUUAUCUAUGCCUAGCAAAAUUACCAUCCUGUGUAUCCUGUGUUCGGGGCUGUUCCUGGGUGCUGGAUAAGAGAAAGAGAGAAAGAGAGAGAGAGAUGGUAGUACCCGGGAUUUUAGGGUUUCAAAGCGUGGUGUAUGUGGUGUUGGUGUUGGGUUUUGUGGUGUUUCGUUACGUGUGGAGGAAUGCGGAGGCGAAGAAGGAGGAGAUCAUAAGGCUGGUGGAGGAUGCCGCCAUGGAAAUGGAGGCUGUCUCUUGGUCAGUCGAGUACUCUUCGAUUCCUGUCUCCGUCUCUCAAAUGUACCAAUGUGCUGUGUGUUACUCUCCUACCACCAGACGAUGCUCUCGCUGCAAGGCCGUUAGAUAUUGUUCGGGUAAGUGUCAAAUUAGUCACUGGAGACAAGGUCACAAGGAUGAAUGUUGUCCUCCAAUAGCUACCAUGGAGCUCAAAGAGGAAAAUAUUUCUUGCAGGGCAUCAGUAUCAGAAACACAAUCUGGUCUUCAUGAAAUUAAAGGAACACAUGCUGGUAUUGCAUCUACCAAUGACUCAUGUUUGGGCCUUAAUCCUUCUGUAGCUGCAAGAAAAUCAUUUGAUGAUAACUGUCACAGUAGAUUUGCAAAACCUGUCAGCGAUAAUACUGCUGACGAUACAUUUGUUACUUUCGCUCAUAGCAACGAGACAGUGUUGACCCCCUCAUUUCCCUUAGAAUCUAAAAGUUUUGAGAAUAUCGAAGUUAAGGAUUCUAAUGCAAGUAAAAGAAGCAAGACAAAUUCUAGUUACACUACUGAUGAGGCCGGAUUUAAAUCAAGAUUUCCCAAAACUAAAUCUGAAGCAUUUCAUGAUGUGGCAGCAAAUUUGGGUAGCCAUGAACACAGAAGAAAAGUUGCUAUGGUUGAAAAAUCAGUGGCAGAUACCUCUAAAUGCAGAAAUGUGCCUUCCUUGAGUAGUUCAAUCCCAGCUUCUGUAGUUGAUAAUGUAGAAGAAGAAUUACAUCUGUCAAAGUUUAAAGAAGCGCGAAGAUCAUCAUCUAGUUCUCGUGGUCGAUUAUCCUCUACCAGUAAUGGGGAUUUGCUUUCACAUUCCAAGUCUACGAAAACUGACAAUUAUCAUAACUUGCCCGCAAAAGUUAGUGCUAUUCCAAAUCUGCCACUAAAUGUUCGUAAUGGUUUGAAAACAUCAGUGCAGAAAGUUGUCCAGCAGUUUAGAAGCUCAAAAGAGUCAAGAUCAAAUAUCAUAUCUGUUGAAAAUGAGGUUCGAAACAUAUUUGACUUAUUUCUUUAUAUUAUUAUUUUUUUCUCUGUUGAUUUACAAAUUGCAUGCUUUUGGCAGAUGGGCUUUCCUUAUGAACUCUUUACGGAACUUUACUGUUAUGACAAGAUGAAACUAUUCCCCUUUGGUCUUACAAACUGUGGGAACAGUUGUUAUGCGAAUGCAGUACUCCAGUGCUUGGCAUAUACUCGGCCUCUAACUUCCUAUCUUUUUCAAGGGUUCCAUUCAAAACAAUGUCAGAAGAAGGGAUGGUGUUUUAUCUGUGAGUUCGAAUAUCUAAUUCAGAAGGCAAAAGAAGGGAAUUCUCCACUAUCUCCAAUUGGAAUAUUAUCUAAAAUACACAAAAUUGGAAGCCAUCUUGGACAUGGUAGGGAGGAAGAUGCCCAUGAAUUUUUGAGGUGUGUGGUUGAUACAAUGCAAUCUAUUUGCCUCAAGGAAGCUGGCGUUGCAAGUCCUUUGGUAGAAGAAACAACUCUUGUUGGAUACACUUUUGGAGGUUAUUUACGAUCAAAGAUAAAGUGUUUAAGGUGCCAGGGGAAAUCUGAGAGGUACGAGAGAAUGAUGGAUCUUACUGUUGAGAUUGAUGGGGAUAUUGGAACUUUGGAGGAGGCUCUUGGACAAUUUACUGCACCUGAAAUCUUGGAUAAAGACAAUAAGUAUAACUGCAGCAGAUGUAAAUCAUAUGAGAAAGCCAGGAAGAAGUUGACAGUACUGGAGGCACCAAAUAUUCUUACAAUUGUAUUGAAACGAUUUCAGUCUGGUAACUUCGAGAAGUUGAAUAAGUCGGUUCAGUUCCCGGAGGUCCUGAACAUGGCUCCAUAUAUGAGUGGAACAAAAGAUAAAUCUCCCUUGUACAGCCUUUAUGCAGUGGUUGUUCAUUUGGAUAUCAUGAAUGCUGCAUUUUCAGGCCAUUAUGUCUGUUAUGUGAAGAACAUCCAAGGAGAAUGGUUCAGGACUGAUGACAGCAGGGUAGAACCUGUCGAACUUUCAAGAGUCUUAUCAGAAAGGGCAUACAUGCUUCUUUAUGCAAGGCACUCUCCAAAGCCCCCGGGUUCAUUAUGUAGCAAUGCAAUCUCUUCUGCUGGAAAGUUCAAGAGGAGGAACUUGGAAGCCAUUCCUGCUGCUUCUAAGACAAGAUCAAGUUCCAUGGCUACAAGUGCUGAUUCUCCCAACCUACAGCAGAAGCAUGGCUUAAACAAUGAAUUUGUACAUCCAGAAGAAUGGAGAUUCAACUAUGGGGGAAGAAAUACUGUGGUGGAUUCUUCUAGCGAAUGUUCGCUUUUCAGCUCCUCAGAUGCGAGUUCUUGCAGUACUGCAAGCAAGGACUCAGCCAGUUCUGCUGACUUCUCUGAUUACAUAUUUGGUGAGCUGGGACCCAAUUGGUAUAGCCACUAUGGUCUUUCAUCUAACUCGGUAGCAUCUUCCUCCUAUGAUAACUUAAGUACAGAUUUCUUAGUGGAUAGUGAUGCUAGGAGGCCUCGGCAGGACUCAGAAGAUAAAGCGGUUUUGCAUGCUAACAAAAACAAAAAUCAUGGUGGCAUUAGGGGAAUUGACCUUAAAAGAUAUUUCACUGCUAACCAUUGUGACAAAAAUUCUGGUGUACAUGUGAGAAGAACAAGUAGAGAUGCAUCAGCUCAAACGUUUUAUUGAGUUUGAGUUGAGAUAGAAGCAAUCAUCUGGGAUAUUUUUGGUACAGUGAAAGUCGGUAUUCCGCUAAUAGAAGUAGAAUGAGGAUUCCUGUUUUUAAUGUUCAUUCUUUGCUCAAGAAUUCUGGUGUACAUGUGAGAACAAGUUGAGAUGCAUCAGCUCAAACAUUUUAUCGAGUUUGAGUUGAGAUAGAAGCAAGCAUCUGGGAUAUUUUUAGUACAGUGAAAAUCAAUAUUUCGCUAAUACAGUAGAAUGAGGAUUCCU